AUUGAGUUAUUUGGGACUACGCAGCAACACAGGGGGUUUGGUGAGAGGAGGGCUUGGUAUGCUUUAAGUCGUACAUACUAGUCCUUUUUUACGGUCUCAAUCAUGUUUAGGAUAUGUAACGUAAUUAACGUUCAGCUGCGGAGGGAGUUGGUGGCGUGCCGAGGAGUCGCUCGCCUUCCUGUGCGAACUAUAUGUUGCACUUCAAGAAAACAAGCCGGAGAGGGUGAUGCAUCUACAGUAUUGGGCAAGCGAUGGAAGGACACUGCAGACACCGUUGUCAUCGGUGGUGGAUGUGUGGGGGUCAGCUUGGCCUACCAUCUUGCCAAAGGUGGCAUGAAGGAUGUGGUCCUGCUGGAGAAGUCUGAGCUGACAGCUGGUUCCACCUGGCAUGCUGCAGGUUUGACAACUUACUAUCACCCAGGGAUCAACCUUAAGAAGGUUCACUACUACAGCAUUAAACUGUAUGAGAGCCUUGAGGCUGAGACAGGACAGGCAGUCGGCUUUCACCAGCCAGGUAGCGUCCGUAUCGCCUCUACUCCAGUUCGAGUGGAUGAGCUGAAGUACCAAAUGACCCGCACACACUGGCAUCCGACGCCGCAGUUCUUGAUCGGACCAGAAAAAGUCCAAGAGCUCUUCCCUCUGCUUAACAUGGACAAGGUGAUAGCAGGCCUGUACACUCCAGGAGACGGCCACAUUGACCCUUACUCUCUCACCAUGGCUCUGGCUGCUGGGGCACGUAUGUAUGGUGCCCAGAUCUACAACCCAGCCCCUGUUACUGGCCUAACCCCAACCUCCGAUGGCAAGUGGGACGUCCAGACUCCUCAUGGAACAAUCCGUGCAAACCGCAUUGUUAAUGCAACAGGUUUUUGGGCCCGGGAGGUGGGCAAACUGAUCGGGUUUGAACACCCCACCAUCCCAGUGCAUCAUCAGUAUGUAGUGACAUCAACAUUGCCAGAGGUGAAGGCUCUGAAGAGAGAGCUUGCUGUGAUCAGGGACCUGGAGGGCUCCUACUAUCUCCGUCAGGAGCGAGAUGGCCUGCUGUUUGGACCGUAUGAAAAGAUGGAGAAGAUGGUGCUCCAGGACUCGUGGGUCAGAGACGGCGUGCCUCCAGGUUUCGGUAAGGAGCUGUUUGAGUCAGACCUGGAUAGGAUUAUGGAGCAUGUUGAGAUGGCCAUGGAGAUGGUCCCUGUGUUGAAGAAUGCUGACAUCAUCAACAUUGUGUCUGGACCAAUCACAUACACCCCUGACCUGCUGCCCAUGGUUGGGCCACACCAUGGAGCACGCAACUACUGGACCGCCAUUGGAUUUGGGUAUGGAGUGAUCCAUGCCGGCGGUAUUGGUAAAUUCCUGAGUGACUGGAUUAGGACUGGAGAGCCGCCCUAUGACCUGAUUGAAUGUGACCCCAACCGCUAUGGCAAAUGGACCGAUGUGCCUUACAUGUGCGCCAAAGCGAGAGAAUCAUACGGCUUCAACAACGUGGUGGGUUAUCCUAAGGAGGAGCGUUUUGAAGGCCGCCCAACGUCCCGCACAAGUGGCUUGUACGAGCUGCUGAAGGACAAGGCCUCCAUGGGUUUUCAUGCCGGCUGGGAACAGCCACACUGGUUCUACAAACCUGGAGAUGACACGGGAUACAAGCCCAGUUUCCACCGUACCAACUGGUUCGGACCAGUCGGCAGAGAGUGUAAGCUGGUGAUGGAGAAAGUGGGGGUGAUCGACCUAACACCGUUUGGCAAGUUCACCGUGAAGGGGAAGGACUCGCACAAGUUGUUGGAUCGCCUGUUUGCCAACACCAUGCCCAAGGUGGGCCUGACUAAUAUCAGCCACAUGUUGACUCCGACUGGGAAAGUGUAUGCUGAGGUCACCAUCACCCAGCUGGCACCAGGAGAGUUUCUGCUUAUCACAGGCUCGGGCUCAGAGCUCCAUGACCUCAGGUGGAUAGAGAGAGAAGCUGUAGAAGGUGGCUAUGAUGUGGACAUCAGCAACGUGACUGAUGACAUAGGGGUGCUGGGUGUCGCUGGACCAAACUCCCGUAAGGUUCUCCAGAAACUGACAGACGAGGACAUGAGUGAUGCCGGAUUCAAGUUCCUCCACUGCAAGUCCAUCAAGCUCGCUGGCACUCCUCUCCGAGCCAUCAGGAUCUCCUACACUGGUGAGCUGGGUUGGGAGCUGUACAUGGAGCAGAAGAAUCUGGCAGCUGUUUACAAGGCAAUCAUGGAAGCAGGACAAAGUGAGGGCAUUGAUAAUUUUGGCACCUAUGCCAUGGCCUCCCUCAGACUGGAGAAGGGCUUCAGAGGCUGGGGAGCCGAGAUGAACUGUGAUACCAACCCCCUGGAGGCUGGAUUAGACUAUUUCAUCAAACUGAACAAGCCUGCUGACUUUAUUGGCAAGGCAGCCCUGCAGGAGAUUAAAGCCAAAGGCCUGAAGAGGAAGCUGUGCUACAUCACCAUGGAUACGGAUGAUAUUGACCCUGAGGGCAACGAGACUGUCUGGCACAACGGCAAGGUGGUUGGCAACACAACAUCUGGAGCCUACAGCUACAGCACCCAGCAGAGCCUGGCCUUCGCCUACCUGCCCAUGGAGCUUUGCUCCAUCGGCCAGAAGGUGGAGGUGGAGUUGCUGGGAAGGAAGUACACCGCCAUGGUGGUCCAAGAGCCCUUAGUCCUCACCGAGCCCACAAGGACCCGGCUGCAGAAGAAGGCCAAGGGCAAAGCAUAAGUUCUGGCCAGCUGUCAGCCAGCUGCUCACACGCCGUCCUACAUGAAGCUAAUUAUGAACUAGUAUCAUCAACCAUUUCACUGUGAUUUAAUAUGAAUGAGAUAUAUGGCACUGUGAUGAAGAAAAAGCUGAAGUAGUGAUGGGGGGAAAAAUCCUAAUGUGUGGUCCAUGUACCGAGGUGCUUUUGUGCUGAGUCAUGUAGUUGGUGACAGUGACUUUGCCACAUUUUCACAUUUUCCUGUCUCUGCCUGGUCACUUGGAAAGGAAGAAGUUGCUAAAACAGCUCCUAAUUCUCAUCAUGUGAGAAUGAGCAGCACAGUCAUCUGUACAACAAACCGUAUGAAUGUGUUUUUCAAUGACACUGAGAUAUAAUUACUGCUAUGUGAUGUCUUACAAGCAUAAUACCUUACAGUAUUUUGCAAUUGAUGAAUAAUUUAAAUUCCAUGGAAAUUAACGGUUUACAGUUGAAUUUUUUUUUUUUUGAAGCUGUGUUUAAAUUUUGAAAUUCUUAUUCAAGAGUUUCUUAAUGGGUGUUGGUAAUAAGACAAUUGGUGACAAUGCUCAUAGUCUUCAGAGCACAGCGGGCUUUUGCAAGGUUAAACAAAGCAUGCAAGCAGUAGGCAAAAUAUAAAGUAAGCAAAAGGAACAGGAGCAAGAAUAGAAAAGAAGAAAUGAACUUUUGCAAAACAUGCACAAGCUAUUUUUUUAUAAAUCGUCUUUUUUAAACCUAAUUUGUAAGGAAACGUGUACAGGAAGAAAUGUAUUAAAAAACCCUGGAUUAAAAUCAUUAAAUGAAAAAG